AUAAUAUUAGUAAAUAUUAGGUAUAUAAUAUUUAUAUUUCAGUGUUUAAUAACGAUUUAAUAGUAUUUCCACAGAAGUUUGGGAUUAGGAUUAUUGGUAUUCAAUUACAAUGAAUAUUUCAUCAUUUUCAGAAAAAGAUUUUAGCGUUGUAGAUUGGAUUAAUAAUACAUUAAAGGACAAACCUCCAGAUGAAUGUCGUGAGGUUAUUCCAUCUAUGUUGAAAAAGUUACAAUUAUGUGUAGAACAGGUACAUGAGGUACUGGAUGAAACAACAACACAAGUUCUUUCUUCUCUACCUAAAGUUGUCAAUGACAUUGAGCAGUUUGAAAAUCAAGCGUCAAACAUACAACAAAAAAUUAUUGACUUAAAACAAGAAAUUAAUACAGUAAAAAGUAACACUGGUGAAUCAUUAUUGAAACUCCAAUUGUAUGAUGGAAUCAAAUGUAACAUGGAAGUUACCAAAAAUGCUUUGGAGGAAGCAGACAAUUGGACAAAACUUAUUACUGAUAUUGAAAUAUUAAUGGAUAAUGGAGAAAUAGACCAAGUAACUAAUAGAUUGAUUAGAAUGCAACGUUCUUUAGCAGUCUUGGAAAAUAAUUCUGAUUAUGAAGAAAGAAAAAAUCAGUUGGAAGAGUUAAAGAGCAAACUUGAAGUAAUAUUAAUUCCAAUGGUUAAUGUGGCUUUUGAAAAUGAAAAAAUUGAUGAUUCAAAGCAUUAUGUAAAUAUAUUUACUGAUUUAGAAAAACAAGAUCAAAUUAUUAAAUAUUAUUUAAAAUGUAAUAAAAACAGAUUACGUAAGGAAUGGUCAUCAAAAAUGUAUUCAAAUGAAUAUUCAAAAAAUCCUUUAAUGUUUUUUGAAAGCUUUUAUGAAGCAUUAAUAAAAUGUAAAAAGCAGCAAAUGAUUUUGUACAAAAAAUUAUUUAAUAUUGAAGUGCAACCUGAAAUAGAACGUCAAUUAAUUUUAUCAUAUGGAGAUUUGUUUAAUAUAUUAGAACUUCCAAUGUUUGAAUUGGUUGAUGUUUCUAUCAAAAUCCAUCAAGAACCACUUAUUUUACUAUUAGAUUUAUUUAUGGUAACAGAAGUAUUUAUUAAAAACAUUAAAAAUGAUUCAAAAAUUAGCGAUUCAUUUGAUUGGGAUAACAUAUUAACAAGUAUAUACAGACCAUUGAUUCCACAAAUUGUUUCUUACAAAGAAUUAGAGUAUGAACAUUCAAAAAAAAUCACUAAUUUUGAAUUAAAUAAAGAUGAUUUAGUAGAUGUAGUUCAAGCUUUUGGCCAGUCUCAAUUAACUGUUUUCAGAGCGUCAGAAGAAGCAAAACGUCGAAGUGCUGUUUUAAGUCACUGUGUUUUUCCUGAAAUGAUCUUUGCUAUUAACAGAAUGUUUUCUAAUAUUAUUGAAGGAGGAAAAGAAGUAUUAAAAAAAAUAUUAGUUAACAUUAAAGCCGGAGAAAACUGGAAUUUAUUUCAAAUAUGUUUAAAAUUUUUACAAUCUUCGGGAGAAUUUUUACGUGAAUUAUAUUUUGUAGAAUCUGAAUUUAAAAGUUGUAUUUUAACAAAUGAACAACGAGCAUUAAAUGUUUCAAAAUAUUUAUUGGUUGAAGAUAAACAAAUUGAAUUGAAAAAUGUUAUUGAUUUAUUAAAAAAAGAUAGUGAUUGGAAAUUAUUUAAGGAAUCAAUUCAAGCGACAGAAAAAAUGUGUUCUCACAUAUAUCAAACUUUUUAUAAAAUAUCAUUUAGACCAAUAUCAUUUUACUUAGAGCAACUGGAAAAAGUAAAAUUUAAUAAAGAAACAUCUGAUGCUCAUAGACUUUCUCCAAGAGAAUAUAUUACUCAAAUUGGACAGUAUUUAAUUACACUUCCUCAGCACGUUGAACCAUUUUUAGUAAGGGAUAAUGAAGCAGUAACUGUAGUUUUAAAUAUAUCUGAUAGACGAUACAGUGAUGCUUCUCUGGAAGAAAGUUUUACAAAUGUUUUAUUAAGGAUAUUAGCAAGAAAUACAUGUGAUGUAUAUGUAGAACAGAUACAGUCACUCAGAGAAAUAAAUAAUUUGGCUGCUCAACAACUAGCCGCAGAUAUUGAAUACUUGGGAUAUGUAUUAGAAGAACUAGGAGUCAAACUUGAUGAGACUACUGCACAAAUUAUGGACUUAUUAAGACUAGAAAGUGAUGAGUACAUAAUGAAAUCAUCAUCUAUUGCAGCUCCAAAAGUAGUGGCUGUAAUAGCAAAAAUUAGAAAUAUAAGAUAAAAAAAAGCAAUUUAUUUGAAA